GUCAAAUAGUCACGAUAGAACGAAAAAUCUGAAGGAGUAGAAGCCAACAAAAGUAUCGUUAAAUAAGUCGUAUUAAUAACAAAAAAAAAGAAACAACACUCUCUAAAUCAAUCAUGUUUAAUUACGCUUGUAAUUUGUAUCUCGAGCAAACAUGAAAGAGAUAUUAAAAUAAUCUCUUCCAUUUCAUAUCUAGGGAUUUUAAUGGAGAGCCGGCGGCGCCACGAACACGGUUGCGGCAGAAACAAGGUUCCCGCGCAAACUAGCACCGACCUAACUAUCGCCGCCAAAAUAUCUGACGUACAUACGCAUAACCGUCGUCGAGCAAGGUGGACGUUCAUUCGCUGUUCGGUAGUCCGAGGAGAGGCAUCGCUCGUUGCUUGUGUUUAAGGAAAAUUUUGAAAUACUGUGAAAGAUGUCAGGACGCGGCAAAGGUGGAAAGGCUAAGGGAAAGGCGAAGACCCGCAGUAGUAGGGCAGGGCUGCAGUUCCCUGUCGGAAGAAUCCAUCGUCUUUUAAGGAAAGGAAAUUACGCGGAACGAGUUGGUGCUGGAGCACCAGUUUACUUGGCUGCUGUGAUGGAAUAUUUGGCAGCUGAGGUACUCGAGUUAGCCGGGAACGCUGCAAGAGAUAACAAGAAGACGAGGAUAAUUCCACGUCACUUACAACUAGCUAUUCGUAAUGACGAAGAAUUAAAUAAAUUGCUCUCAGGUGUAACAAUUGCUCAAGGUGGUGUCCUGCCUAAUAUUCAAGCUGUACUUCUGCCGAAGAAAACUGGUACUGGCGGAUCUGGGAAGGGAGAUAAAACAUCCCAGGAAUAUUAAUAAUCACUAGAAUAACCUUUCUAACUUAACAGUACUUUAGGGCUAUAUCUUUGUUUCUUGAGCCAUUAAGAAAACUCAAAAUCUUCGAAACCUACCAAAUUACAAUCACUGUUUCAUCAAUAUUGUAAAAUUAUUUUAGUUGACAAUACAGUCUGCUGAUUACUGAAUAACAUUUUUUUAUUUGGCUAAUAUAAUUGUAUUAUUGCUUAAAAUAAGUAUCAAUUGUCAUGACUGACUUUGUAUUUUGUUUUCUUUUUCCUAAGUGUGUAUUAAAUUUUUAAUGGUCUGUGACAAGUAUAACAUUUUAAAUGUUUUUGUUGAUUGUAAACUAUUUAGAAUGAAAAUAAAACAUCAUUACUCUUCA